UUUUGAUUCCAAAGAUUUCCGUAGCCCUAGUUUGAGGCAGCAGGACUGAGAAGUGAGAAUGGUUUCCAAGUGAGCAACGAUCAAACCUAGCAACCAACGAAGCUUAAUCCCUGCUUGUCGAUAAUCGUCCGGCGGAGGCUUAGCGCUGUAAGUCAAUUUGCCUUCUCCGGAGAUUCACACCAUGCGCUCUCCCAAACACAAAACUCAAAACCCCGUUUCCAAACCGGAGAGCGCCACAAAUGCUACCGCCUCUUCCACUUUCUUUGAUAUCUACGGUCCAGAGGCUAAGGCUGAUGUUGUUUUCAAGACUCCCGAUGCUGACUCAACGUUGAAUCUGCAAGACGUUCAAGGACUUGUAACUUGGGUGCUUGCUGAAGGAUUCAUGCCAUCGUGGAUUUUUAUUAAAAACAAACCCCUGAUUCCAAAAGUGGUUAUGCUCUAUGUCCCAGGCCUUGAUGCAGCUUUGUACAUGUCACAAUCUAAAAUACUUGGUGGUUUGAAAGAAUUCUGUGGCAAUCCAAGGGCAGUUUUAGCUCUUAGCUGUGUAUCAGAUAGAAUGCAGACGAUUGAUGCACUCCUGACAUGCAAGCUCAAAAGAAAGAGAAAUGAAAUUGAUUCAGCAUUGAAAAAACAUGAUCAGACAUCUGAACAAGGAGGUUGUAGUGGUGGUUCAAAUAAUCCAUCGUCCAUGGAAGUUUUGAAAGAUUUACCUUUCCCCAUUACAUAUUACACACUCACAGCAAAGGAACUGGAAGAUAAUGGAUAUUGUCAUGAUCAACCAGGUUUUGUUUCAACUCUUCCUGCUCCUUCAGGAUGUUGCCUCUAUGAAAUGUUGGCACUUGAUUGUGAGAUGUGUGUCACAAGCGAGGGGUUUGAGCUCACAAGAAUUAGUCUGGUAGAUAUUAAAGGACAGGUCGUGUUAGAUAAAUUGGUUAAGCCAUCAAAUUGUAUCAUUGAUUACAACACUAGGUAUAGUGGAAUCACCUGUGAGAUGUUGAAUGGGGUGACUACAGGUCUGAAGGAUGUUCAGGAAGAUUUUCUGAAGCUCGUUUACAAAGAGACCAUCCUAGUCGGACAUUCAUUGGAGAAUGAUUUGUUAGCUUUGAAGAUCUCUCAUGAUUUGGUGAUUGAUACUGCAGUAUUAUACAAGCACCCUCGUGGUGCAUCUUAUAAAACUGCUCUUCGAGUGCUCACCAGGAGAUUUCUUUCUAGGGAGAUACAGGAAUCAAGAAAUGGACAUGACAGCAUUGAAGAUGCAAGAGCUGCUAUGGAGCUGGCACUGUUAAAGAUCAGACAUGGACCUGAAUUUGGUUCACCUCCGUCAUUUAUGCGGAAGAAGCUCCUUACAGUUUUGAAUGAUUAUGGCAAAACGUCCUCUUUCAUUGAUGAUAUUUCUAUAGUUAGGCGAUACACUUCUGAGGCAUCCCAUGCGUUUCCUGUGGCUUCUGAUGUUGAAGCUCUUUCAAAGGCCAAAAAGGAGGUAAAGAAUGAUAAGGUACACUUUGUUUGGACUCAAUUCUCAGAAUUGAAUUCCUAUUUCAAGAAUCAAGCAGAGGACACGGACAAGUUGAAUGCAAAACUGGCAGAGAUGAUAUCAUUGCUUACUUGUAAUAAGAAGUCUACCACACCAAAAGGCAUCAAGUUUAGUGUGACUUCUGAAUUGAAGGACAUACUAACUCGCAUCGACACUAGAAUCCGAAGCCUCUACCAUGAAUUGCCGGCUAAUACUAUGCUCAUAAUUUGCACAGGUCAUGGAGACACAGCCAUUGUCCAUAGAUUGAGGAAAAUGCUCAGAGAGCAGAUUGAAACCACAGUAAGCCGUGAGAAACUUGUAAAAGUCUUGGAAGAGCUCCAGGCCCAGGCUGAGGUAGCUUUGUGUUUUGUGGGUGUGAAGCAUUGAGUAUAGAUUACAUGUCUGCCUUCAUGUUUUUUAUGACUUGGGAAUAUGGCAGGGUUUUGUGAAGAGGAUGGCAGGGAAAUUUUGUAAUUUUAGGUGAUGAUCCCUUUUUAGUGCCAUCUUUUUCUCUCCCUUUUUGGGAUGAUUUUAUGCCAUAAAAGUGAAUGUGGGGGAAUUGUUGUACCCUGAGGAGACAAUAGAUUCAAGGGUUUGUUUCUAUUUUAUUUUUAUUUUUAUUACAUCUUUUAUUUUUGUAUAAUUUUAUGGUAUUGUCUUUCAAUUUUAUUCCAUUAACUCAGCAGAAUUUCAUUGCA